CAGAACAUAGCUCGCCUACGCAAGCGGUGGAACUCACCUAUGUACGCCUUCUUCAAGGCCGAGGUCGACAUCGAGUACGUCGACGGACGUCGCUCGCACGUCUUCACAUGCGCCCGCAAGAGUUGUGACUUCACAACGAGGCGAUACCUCGACACCGGGGACCGUUCGACAGGUAACUUGCAGAAGCACGCGAUCGGGUGUUGGGGCGAGGAAGCAGUGAUGCGCGCGAAGGAGACUGCCAGUGAGGAGGAGGCAUGCCAUGCCAUCGUCGAGAGCAUCGAGAAAACGGGGCACAUUAGUACAUUCUUCUCGCGCAAGAAGAAAGGGAAGGUCACCUAUAGCCAUAUGCAGCACACGCGCGAAGAGACGAGGUGA